AUGCUGCACAGCAGUGAAUGCAAGGGGGGGGGCUCCGCAGACUCAGCUAAUUCAAGCGCAUCAGGAAAAAAAUCACUCGAGGGGACCGUGUCUUUACCAUCCAUCAACCCAACAUCCAGAAACAUGCUCAUGUCCAUGAUUGGUAAUUCAUCCUGGGAGAAAAGAGGGUUGAUCUCGAUCUCGCGAAAGUCUGUCAGCUCUACGGCAGGGGGAGACACAAUCGAAGACGAUUCUACGGCAGCCGUAAUCACAGGCUGAAAAUCGGGGAUCGUCGUGGGGGUUGGGUCUACGUCGACUGACGGAAAAGCACAAAUCGGAAGCACUACACCGGAAGUGGUAGAGGGGACGCUCGAACACGAAGGUACUACACCGUCGGAUCCGGUGGGCUGGACGUCUGCAGUCGAAGGUAAAACGCCGGCCGGUGCGACGGACUGGAAGCCAGAAGCGCACUCGCACUCGUGCCCUUUCCUGCACUCCAGGGAGGGGGUGGCCGCAACAAAUCCUCUGCCAAUGCUAGGCGGGGACGCUUGGGCAGACACACGGAGAGGGGCAUCGGGGCUAGAGGUCACAGCACGACCACUGUAAUCCUGGGGCAAUCGAGUAGCCCAGAGCGAGCAUCC